CUAGAAUCGGGUUCUUCAAUCACUGCCAGCGUCAUCCUAGCGAUCGCGUCUCCAGCGCGACCACUUUAUUCUGGGUCUGGGAUCUUUGUCCUAAAUUUACAAAGUCCAACUGAGGAUAUCAAGACCAUUUUAACCUCGAGGCCGUCUUCUUUGGACGUGCUCGCCCUCUGAAUCAUAUUACUCAUUCGUUUUAGCCCCUGUUCGCACUUUUGCGCCCCCCAUGGCCGACCAUGAUGUCCCCGACUCUACAGACUGGCUCACGACGCCACUAACUGCCCUUGCCGCAGUCGAAAGCGCUUUACGAUGUCAAAUAUGCAAGGACUUUUACAAAACCCCUAUGAUCACCACCUGCUGCCAUACUUUCUGCUCGCUAUGUGUCCGCCGGGCCUUGUCCAAUGAGGGCAAAUGCCCACUGUGUCGUGCAUCAGAGCAAGAGCUCAAGUUACGGAGCAAUUGGGCAAUGGAAGAAGCUGUGCAAGCAUUCAUCAAUGCCAGACCAGCAACACUAGAGCUGGCGCGAAACGCAAAUACCAAGAAGACAAGCUCGAAACGAAAAACAGUCGAAGAUCAUCAUGAGUCGGGGGAUGCGCCAGACGGCAAGCGACUACGGUCAUCCACGCGACUGCGAAACACUCGAUCCGCCCCCUCAUAUACAGUUCCUGCUGAAGAGGACGAGACUGUUGAAGUCUCAGAGGAUGAUGAGGACUUUCAGCCGGCGCCAGAGGACGGCCUUGUCGCGUGCCCAGUUUGCGAAAGUCGAAUGAAGGAAUGGCAGGUUUUCAAGCACCUCGAGACAUGUACAGGACCUGUACAAAAGCCACGGGGAACUCCUGGCAGUAGUUCAAACGCCAGCUUCAGCCAACAGCGACAUCAGACAAAGGCUCCGGACCGCCUCCCUGCAAUGAAUUACUCUAUGUUCAAGGACCAAGCUUUGCGAAAGAAGAUGUCUGAUCUUGGUAUUUCAAAUCAGGGCACUCGAAUUCUUCUAGAGCGCCGACAUAAAGAGUGGAUGACAAUAUGGAAUUCAAACUGCGACGCUGCACGCCCAAGGAAACGUCACGAAUUGUUACAUGAUUUGGAUGUCUGGGAACGGACACAAGGAGGACGAGCUCCAACAACAGGGCGAUCUGUACAGAAUGCAGCAAUCAUCAAAGACAAAGACUUCGACGGUGCAGCAUGGGCAGCUAAACAUGAUUCGUCCUUUAAAGACCUGAUUGCAAAUGCAAAGAGGACUAGGCUUGAGGCCAAAAAGAAGGCUGAAGAGGCUGCUAACGAGUCGAAAACGGACGGGGAAACAACACCACAAGAGAAUAGCGAUCGAAUGCAAGACCAUUCUGCAGACUGGCGGGCUGUGUCAAGACCCUCGGCUUUUCCGUCAAGACCGGCUGAAGGAAUCCCAGGUCGACCGUCGCAUUCCGAUAGUCCAUCGCCUGAGCCAUCGCACUCUCAAUCUAAGGGCCACCGAGGAAGCAAUAGGGAUUCGAGCAGACAUCCAUCAGACACCCGCAGGGACAGGUUCUCACAAGACCGAAUACACAGCAACCCCUGGCCUGAGAACUACGAUCGCGACUCGUAAGUCGGUUAAGAACGGCGUACUGAUGGUUGAAAUGGCAUAUAUAGAAGGGCAUGCAUUGAGAUACCACUUAAUGAUACUAUAAUGGCACAACAAAUGUGCCCUUGGUGUAUAGAUUCUAAUGAACAAAAACCCACUUGUACAAUCUUAAGCCCAAAAACGCCAGGGAUAUCCUACUAUAUCAUCAUGUACACGUAUGAACCAUUCGGCCUGCACUGAGCUUCGUUCUCUUCCCAGUCCGCUCGCCUGGCGUCUUCUAUAUCGCCAGAUUUGCAAUUCCAGUCUCGGAUGUUGGUGUCUGCUCCUUCUGUCGGAUCUCCUCACCAUCAGCAGGCACAUCAGGCAACUCGUCGAGCUUCUUUUGCGCCUCGGCUGCCUCCCGUUCGUCGCGGGCUUUCUGUUCCUCGGCCUCCUUGCGCUUCGUCUUCUCUUCUUCCUUUUCGCGCUCUUGCGCCUCCAUAGACUCGAGCUCGUCGUCGAGCGCAGUUUCGUCGAUAACCUCGCCUGUUGAUUCGGCCAGAAUAGCGCUCACCUCGUCGGUCGCACUGCUCUGCUCCCGUAGGCGAUCCAUAACUGCAUCGACGCGCUCGGCACCACCGACCUGUGCAUUGAGGCUUGCCAACGCACCAGAAGAAGCCUCCAUGACGUUGACAAGCUGCACAUUGUCAGCAGCCUGCUCGAGCUUGGCGGAAACUUCUUCUAAUUGGUUCAGAGUCGCGUAGCGAGUAGCCAACGAAGUCUCUGCAAUCUUUUUGGAUUUGAGCGCCGCAAGAGCUGCAACGCGAUUCUUUUUAGUGACAGCAUCCUUGGCUGUUUGGGAGAGCUCAUCGAUGCGUGUGUUAAGGAGGUCGGCUUGGUGCUUCAGACUUUCUGUGAGCUCCUUCAGGGAUGCGAUCGCAGCGUCUUCCUUUGUGAUACCGCUCUGCUCCCCAGAGCCCUUGAUUCUGAUCGUUUUCCCAUCAUAUUCGAUGACUUCCUUGUCCCGCGACAAAAACUUCAGUAGAACGUCUAGGUCCGAGUCCGUCAGAUGUUGGCCUUUAACGAGAGCGGCGGAAAAGGCUUUUUGAAAUUGUGCUCUGCUGAAAACGCGAUCGAAUCUUGACACUUUUUCGGCCAUCAGAUCGCCCAGCUCCUUCGCGGCAGCUUCCAUAUUCUUGACAAUGACAUAUUGACCUGUGGGCAGCUUGUCGUCGCCUCUAGCAGGGUCUACCACGCCCAGCUGUCGCAAAGUCCAACUCAUCACACUCCCUGGCAGACCUGCCCAACUGCGCUGAUAGAUGCUCUGUUGCGAUUUCUCGAAAUCCUGUAGUGGUAUAAAGUCCCGGCCGGCGGUCGCUUCGCGCACUACGGUUCCGAGGGCCAGGGGCUGGCCAAAUUCCUUGUGUUCCAGUGACCGCAGUAAGGAGUCGUCGAGUUUGAGGA